GUGCAUCCAGAUUCCAGGAGGUCGAUUCUGUACUAGGCGCAAUAGAAUAGCGUCUGACGCAAACUCGACAUAGCGCUGUAUUCAAAAUCGUCGCUAUUUUUGACAAAUAUCCGAAGGGGUUAUAGUCUCCCUGAAGAGACAUAUCAAUAAGACCUAUAGAGAAUCGUCACCACCAUUCAGGCGACUUUGGCGCGAAAAAGUUUUAGACGCAUAGCUGCUCUACUUCGUGAGAUGCGCCUAGUCAUGCAAAAAAUGGAUCCUGAUCAAUAUUUUGAAGUAAGAAGAACAAAUUACCUGUCAAAGUCGAUCACAUACUGAUGUGGGGUCGCUGAUGAAUCAACAUUAAAAAGAGCGUAUGCAGUGUACCCACAAAGGUACCAGUUUUGUAAUUAAAUUUUCGAAAUGUCUGGGAAGAUAUAAUCCAUGCAUAGCAGGUUCCAAUUAUUAUAGGCAAUCUGAAAUAUCACUUUUCACAUUCACAUGAGUUUGUCCGUGUUAUAUUGCCAAAAAUUCUAUAAAAUAUGCACUCAGCAGUCAAAUCUAAUAUAUCUUAUCAAUGCUGUAUUACGAACUGAAUCUGAAGUGCAUACACACCUGCAAUGUGUAGAAAAGUACGAGCAUAUAUGAAUGUUCCACUCUCUCCAUCCACGUGCAUUACUUCGUACUAUUCAACAAGUUCAUGUAGGGUUAAGAGGUAUGGGAGAUUACCGAGACUUGGGAUUAUUGUAUUAUGACGAUAACUUGGACUACGAAUAUCAGUCGCGCCAUCAAGAACAAGAUUUGUUCACUUCUUACGAAAAUACGGACUACGUGUACGAAGAUGAAUACGACUAUCAAAUAAACGAAGACCAAGGCCUGAGAAAUAUUUACAACCGUUGUGUAUACCCUACACUAUUCGAUGCUUGCAAUUACUUAAUUCCAUUGCUGAUAGCUUCCAUCAUAUUCCAGAGUGUAACCCAAUCUAGUUACACACCGCAACGAGGCUUCCAUAUAAUUUCUGCAGUCAUUGGAUUAUAUGUUGUACAGCUGUAUGCAGCCGAAUGUUUGUACUUGUUGAUCACCUUGAUUACACUAUCGUACCUGAUUUUUUGUGUGCCUGGUCGUUAUCGGAGAAGGCUAGCUAUCAGUUUGUUAUGCCUUGGUGUAAUUCUGUACGGUGAAAGAUGGAUGAAACCAGCAUUCUGGCACAAAAUACGUGGUGUUACCAUGAUCGCUUCUAUGAAGGCGGUUAGCGUCGUAAUGGAAUCUGACACCUUUCCAUUGCCGAGUUUCCUGGAAUACAUUGGAUAUAUGUUAUGCCCAGCCACCUGCCUUUUCGGGCCCUGGGUUUCCUACAAAGAUUAUGCCACCCUGUAUCGCGUCAACCAGUGGAGUGUACGGAAGAUUCUUAUAGCUCUUGGAUAUUUAACACUUGCUUUUGCACUUCUAAGCAUAUCGAAUUGCUGGGCUGAAUGGAUUUUUCCUGAUUCCACAUGGAGAUGGAUUGUGGCAUACAGGGAAGCUUUGUGCUUCCGAACUUCGCACUACUUCAUAUCCUAUACAUCUGGGGGUUUGGCUUUGCUAGGAGGCUUCUCCUUGACUACAGCCAGUGUAACAAAGCCUGGGUCAGUCGAGCUACCGCACUCUCUCGUACAGGUCGUUGUUAAUUGGAAUAUCCCCAUGCAUAAUUGGCUGAAAACAUAUGUAUUUCGACGCAGCCGUGAACAUUUUGGUCAGUUUGGAGCAGUCUUCCUUACCUAUGCAGUCAGUUCUCUCCUCCACGGUUUCAACUUCCAACUAGCUGCUGUGCUUCUAAGCCUUGGGUUCUACACAUACGUCGAAUAUCAGUUAAGGCAGGAACUUGCUCGUGCUUUUGAUGCUUGUAUUACUGCUAGACGUUGCGGCGACCACAAAUGUAUACACAAACGAACCACAGCUAAUUGCUGGUGGGUUCGGGUUAUAAAUAUUUUAUUCUCUGCCCUCGCCAUGUUUCAUCUGGCUUACUUGGGACUGAUGUUCGAUACCUCUGAACAACAAGAGACGGGAUAUAGUUACUCGCAUGCAAUGGAGAAGUGGUCGAGUCUCAACUUUGCUAGCCACUGGGUCGUACUUGCCACAUAUUUCGCCUAUUUUAUGAUUAAAUAAUGAAUGAUAUCUCUGUUUCAUCUGUGUAUGAACUUUCGAAAAAAUAGGAACAACUUACCCCUUCAAGGUUGCCGAACAUAACGACUUUGCCAUUGCCAGGACUAUGUGUAUGUAUACGUACAUGUAUACCAUUUUAAGCACUUAUUUUAAACUGUUAUUACGAAGCAAAUAUCAAAUAUAUCAGGGAGUUAAGUAUAGUUUUUGAAUUCCUUAAUUUCAGGAAAAUAACCAUUGCGAUGAUUUAUUCAUAUUUGUAAUUACAAAUAUCUUAUCGUUAUUCAUAAGUUAACGCUGUUUCUGUAAAUAUUACAGCUGCGCGAACAACACAACAUUGAUAAAAUAUUUGUGAAGUUGACACCGACCUGGGAUUUUAUAUUUUCUAAAAUAGCCGUACUCUAUCCUAUAGACAGCUUGUAUUUUAUACUCUUAAAUAAAUUUUUACGCUUUGACAAAAAAAAAAAUAUUUAUUCUAAGCUAAUGCAUUGAUAUCUUAUAUCAUCCAAUGUCAUGUGACGUAUCCUUUCAAUUAUUCCUUGCAGAAAUAAAUUGAUAUAUCUCUACAAAGAAUCCACUGCAAUGUGAUACCUAAUUGAUAGAAAAAUACAUGUUUCGAAUGUUAUGGAUAAUAAUACAGCAGGCGAAUGAUAACCGUGACUUAAAUUUCGAGUUCCAAUAAAUUUGGGGGCUUUGUACUUAUGCAUAAGAAAGUGGUACGACGUGAAAUGAAAACGUUGGUACCGGGUUAAAAUGAAAUGUAAUA